AUGGAAAACAUUGGCUUCCUCCUCCCUCUUAUGAUAUUUGUGGUGGUGUUGUGCAACUCUGCCACUACUUUUUUAGCAGAAUCACCCAACAACACAAUUGACCAAUUGGCUCUUCUUACACUAAAAGCCCAUGUCACUCAUGACCCUUAUAACCUGUUGGCAACCGAUUGGAAUAGUGCUACCUCUGUUUGCAGCUGGAUUGGUGUCACUUGCGGAUCCAAUCAUCAAAGAGUCAUCACUCUUGAUCUUACUAAUAUGAGUCUUAUAGGCACCAUCCCACCUCACUUGGGAAAUUUAUCCUUUCUUUCUCAUCUUAACAUCCGAUUUAAUCAUUUUCAUGGCUCAUUGCCCAUGGAGUUGGCUAAUCUGUCUUCGUUGGAAUAUAUAAACUUUGGUCACAAUAACUUUAGUGGGGAAAUCCCAUUAUGGUUUGAUUCCUUCACUCAACUUCAGAGAUUGCUUUUGUACAAUAACUGCUUCUCUGAUGUUAUCCCAUCUUCUUUGGGCUCUUUGUCAAACCUUGAGGAGUUGAUCUUGUCUUACAAUGAUUUGAAAGGCCAAAUUCCUACAGCAAUUGGAAAUCUUUCCAAUUUGAAAUGGUUAUAUUUGGACAAUAAUCAGCUUUCAGAUUGGGAUUUUUGUUUUCUUGUUGCUUUUGCUUGUGUUUCUGCCUUUACGGGUAUCCUGGAGUUGCUUGUGUUGCUCUUUGUUGAUAGGAGAUGGUUCCAUUUUGACUGGGUUUUUGCAGGAAGGUGGCUUUGCUGCUCUGAUUUUUGGGAUGUUUUUCAUCUUCUUGUUGUGUUAUGA